GAAAGAUGAUUGAAAAAUCAGAAAAGAAAAGAAAUAGCAUAUAGGUUCCGUCCGUUUUCCUCCUACUUUAACCGGAUCCGCCUCCGUCUCCGUCUCCGUCUCCGGCAAUCUCUCUCUCUCUCUUCUCUGUGUGCGCGGUCGGGUCUGGGAGCUCUCUGUCCAGGGUUUCGCACUGACCUCUCUGGCCGAUCUUCAAGGAUUACUGGAAGAAUGGUGCGAGCAUUGCUCAACAAGCUCGUCUUGCGCUCUCUCUCUGUCGCCGGAAAAUGGCAGCAACAACAACUUCGCCGUCUCAACAUACACGAGUAUCAGGGGGCUGAAUUGAUGAGCAAAUAUGGGAUCAAUGUUCCAAAAGGCAUCGCAGUUUCUUCUGGUGAUGAAGUAAAAAAGGCAAUUCAGGAUGUAUUUCCCAAUCAGAGUGAGUUGGUGGUCAAAAGCCAAAUUUUGGCUGGUGGGAGAGGCUUGGGAACAUUCAAAAGUGGUCUCAAGGGUGGAGUUCAUAUUGUUAAGGCUGAUCAGGUUGAAGAGAUAGCUGGUACUGAGAUUAUUUCUAUCUUUCCUAAUGAAGAUUGUGAUUAA